AUGAACAAUCAGCAGUACCAAGACAUCGCACACUUCGCUUCAAACUACAACAACAAGCCCACUUCGCAUAACUCACUCUUCCAAUACAUCGUCAAUGCGCCACAACGCUCGAAGAAAAAACAAGACCUUCUAGAGGCUGCGCUCAAAAAACUCGUCAUGGGCUACACAGCGGAACCCGCCGACAACUGGGCUGCAUUGGUGUUACCUUACGUCGAAAACAUUGACAACUGGCAAAACACAUGCGAAGCUUUCCUUCAAAACGACAACAACCCUGACUUUCAAUAUAUCAAAGUAACACCGAGCACCAGCCGCGCCAUCGCAUUCGUCAACUACGUGAUCAGAACCGUCGAAACACUCAAGUUUACGAUCGAAUGGGAAACCAAGGAUCAAGCUUCAAAAUCAAAUUACCUCACGUCGCUCUUCACUCAAUCUCAAGACCUGACCGACACCACCAUACCUGAAAGGAAAAAAGCUCGCAAAAAGUUUGUAGUUGAGCACAGCAAGCUCAUGGCUGCUCGCAUACAUUUGUUGAUGCUUUACCACUCUUUCGGCGUAAACAUACUCCUAGAUCCCUUUUGGGACAUUCCCACCAAACCACCAACGUACAAACGAGACUUUCUUCAACUGUCCACCCUCCUGGCUGCACACCCGCCUUCUCGGGCAUUUCGCAUCGACAAUCACACCAGAUAUUUGACUGCCGAAGAAGAUGAACGAAACAAAGACAUUCAAGAGCUUCCAUGUAACGUCGCUAGCAUGCAGCCAGGUUUCGAUACCAUUGUCGGUCUGUUGGACGCACUUUGCGGUGAUGACAUUGUAUCGGAUUACAUAGAGUCGUUUCUAAACAGGUUUCCCCCGUCGUUUACUUUAUCAUUGUAG